UUUAAUAUAAGUGUUUAAUAUUAAUAUUAAAAAAACUGUGUAUAAAUUAGUAUUCGUAUUUUAAUUAAAAAAAUGUCUUUAACAUUUGCACAACGAGGAGGACGACCUCCACCAAAUCCUGCACAAAUUCAAAAGAUGCUUGACGAAAAUGGGCAUCUGAUACAGACUAUACAGGAGUAUCAAAAUAAAGGAAAAGCUCAAGAAUGUUUACAAUACCAACAAAUUUUACAUAGAAAUUUAGUAUAUUUAGCAAGUAUAGCUGAUGCAAAUCAAAACAUACAAGUUUUGUUACCUCCACCACAACCUAUGCAUGGUGCUCCAGGAACAAAUCCUGGUGGUCCAGGUGAUAUGCCACCAAGUACUCAAGGACCAAUGGGGAAUUUUAGUCAUCAACAACCCGUUGGUUAUCGAGGUCCAGGUGUCCCACCACAAGGUCCAGUAAUGCCACAACGUCCAGGAUCUGCUGGUGGUGUACAACCAUACGGUCAACGAGGUUAUCCGCAAGGACAAUAUCCAUCUCAAUAUCCAGGGCCAAAUCAACAAGGACCUUACCCACCACAAGGGCAAGGUAACUAUCAGCAACCUUAUCCAAAUGGACCACCAGGGUCUCAGCCACAAGGUUAUCCUCCGCCAAAUACACAAAAUACUUAUGGUCAACCACCAACUACUACAGCUACUCACAACAAUUACGGUGGUCCUCCACAACCUAAUCAAAUGUAUCCAUCCGGUCCUGGACAACCUACGCCGUAUGGCCCUCCUCCCACUAAUGGUCCUCCAAACCAAAAUUCUACUUAUCCUCCAAAUGGUCCAGGACCUCAACAAGGAACUUACCCUGGCCCAAAUCCACCAACUAAUUAUGGACCUAAUCCAAAUCCGCCAACGCCAAGCUACGGACCACCUCCAAAUACAGGUCCUCCACCCCAAAACGCUUAUCCUAAUUCAAAUGCUCCAUAUCCUCCACAAGGUUAUCCUCCUGCUCAACAACCGUAUUCUCCUCCAGCUUCAACUCCACAACAAAAUCCACCAACGUCCGUUUAUUCCGGUCCUCCAAGCUCUGGUCCUGGGCCAGUUGGUUAUGGACCACCGUCUACUGCACAAUCACCGCCAUUUUCUCAACCGUCAUCAACGACAUACUCUCAAAGUUCAACAACAAAUGCUGCACCAACAACCACCAGUCAAAGCUAUACAUCGUCUGGCCCAGUCCCGCAACCAUCAACACAACCCAGCUACCCGCCACCACCAAAUCAACCUGGAUAUCCUCCACCACCUCCUGUACCAGUUACGUCUCAACCAUCAAGUCCAGCUCCUCAAAAUUUCCAACCACCACCAAGUCAACCUCCUUCAACGUCUGGGGCUCCACCGCCACCACAAUCAGUUCAAUAUAAUCCUCCACCUGGCCAAGGCUACGGACCUGCACCCAACACACCUAAUUAUGGUCACCCAUAUCCUCAUCCACAACAAGGAUAUCCUCCUCAAGGACAAUACCCUGGCCAAGGAUACAAUUAUCCUCGACCAUCUCCAGGACAGAUGCCACCGCCACCUCAAGGUGGACCACCUCAAGGCCAAUAUCAAUAUGGGAGCUACCAACCACCACCUCAAUAAUUGACUUAAUAAAUGUAUGUAUUGUUUAGAUCGGUAAAAAGAUUAUCAUGAAGAAAUUAUUUGAUCUUAAAUUCACUUAAAAACGAAUAUAUGCGAAAAAUCAGAUAGGCAAGCUAUCUUGAUUGGCUAAUUAUUAUACUUGAUUUUUAAUAAAUUGUUAAGGCGUAAAAUAGAGAAGACACGUUAGUAAGGAUUAGGGACUUCUGUUCAAAAUAUUUUUUAAUUCAUUAAAUGACUAUGGUCUAAUGCGUCGUACUCGUCGUAAAAUUAGUCUGUGGUCCUAAUUCGUAAAAUUUAAUUGUAGAUAAGCUUUUUUGCCUUUUAUACAAUUGAGGUCGUACGUUGGGUAGACUCUAGGGGGUUUGUGCUACAAAAAAGCUUUUUUGGAUAUUUUGGUGGCGUUUAUUGUAGAUAACCUCACAUAAAGCAGGGUGUAUGUUUUUUAUAUUUUAAAUACAACUAAUUGGUGAAUAAUAUACAGAUUUAAUAGUUGUCUAUUACAAUUUUUGAAUUAUAACAAAACAAUUUAUUGUAUGAGAAAUUGAAAAAUUUAUCGCUAUGUCUAUGUGUUACAUAUCAUUUGUGUUUACUUUCUUUUUUUUUUAUGAAAUAGUAAAAUAAACUAUGUGUCUUCUCUGUUAUAAACAUUUUAUGUAAAAAAUUUUGUUUACGUUUGCACUAAAGCAGAAAGGCCUACGAAAAUGCAAAAGAGUUGCAAGUCAAAAACUCAUACAUUGUUUUAUUAGAAAAAUUAAACUUUCGACUACCAGGUGAUAACGAUAUAUUAUUCUUAAUAAGCACCAUCUAUUAAGCCUAUUCUACAAUGCAAAUCGUAUGCCGUUUGUCGGAUGAUGCACGCAAGUGCAAUUAAAGGUCUAUUUUGACAUUUAUAUUUAAUGCAGAAAACAUCAAAAAAUGACAAAACGGCAGACCACAUACAACUCCAAAUUUAGAAAAGGCUUUAUCAAAUUCCAGAAAUUCUGAAAUCUCAAAAUGGGCGUAGAAAAUCUUUAUUGAAUUUAUAGAUAGUAUUGAAAGCGAAAAUCAUGAAUGUUAAUUAUCAAAUAAAAUGGUAUAACUACAGGUGUAACUGUAUAAAUUUCAAAUGUACUCCGAGUAGAUCAGCAAAAAUUUGGGCAUAAAUGCAUUUAUACUCAAAAUUUUUGUGCUUAAAUUGAAUAUAAUGUUUCUGGGUGCAAAACGGGUUCAAUAGGUGAAUAUCUUUUUUAAGAGAAGAUGUACAAGAAAAUCUCACUAAAUUAACUUUAGAAAAAGUUUGUAUUCAUGUAACUUUUGUAAUAAAUUGAUAUUUGCCGAGAAAGUUAUAGUAAAAAGUUAAGUUAAUGAAAAGUAAAAAAUGAGUUUAAAAAAAAUUUUUCAUUGAGUUUUGUAAAGCAGUAGCAGUAGGUUCUAAGAAAGAAAUGUCGGGUGUUUUUUAAGCUUUAAUUUUUGUAACGUAAUUAAACACAGAAAUGAUUAAUGUCAUUAUGGUAUUAUUCAAUAGGUAAUUUUAUACUAAUAUAUACUAAUGAUGUUCUCGAAAAUAAAGGUAUCAUGGCUAUCUGGAGUGAAGCAUAGAGUGUGAGUGAUACGAAUUCGAUAAUUAGAAUUAUUGUUUCUAGUGAUAAUUCCCGUUUUGUUAUGUAACGAUUUGAGAUAUAUAUAUGAAAUUCGAGCUGAGGCUGGUGUGUAUCUCCCCGUAGGAAUUUCCAAAACAUACAUUUUUUUGUGUGUAUUGACAUGUACUUUAAGAUUCUUGCAAAUUACAGCAUAUCCCGGAAAAACACAAAAUUUAUCUUACGGUAUUUGCUUUAAUUUAAAAAGGACAAACAAUUGAAUUCUUAAUCUACUAAUUAAAACCAACAACAACAAAAAUAUAAAACAUAACUUCCCACGGGGGGGGGGGUCUUAUUGGCGGCUUCACGGCAAUUAUUUAUGUAUUUUUUUAAAUUUAUUUAACAUUAUCUAAACUCUGCUAUUAUAUAGACUUCGUGAUGAUACUCAUUACUUUUAUGUGUUUAAUUUCGUAUUAAAAAUUAUAACUUAAAAAAGCACGCUUCCCGUUCAAUCGAAAA